AUGGUUGCCAUCGACAAAAUUGGUUAUAAUUAUCCAUCAAUUUAUUUAAAUGAUUUAAUUAAUCAGACAUUAGCUCAGAAACCACAUCUUGAUCAAAAUGUUUCACAUGAACAAGCAGCAAUGUCUCAUAUGAAUAAACAAUCAUCAGCAGAUUACUCAAGCAAAAUUUCGCCACAACAAUUUGGACUGGAUCCAAAUAAUCCGUCUUUACAAUUUGCAACAAAAGGUGGCGGUUUUGUUCAAGUAUUUGGUCCAUUAAAAACACCUGGCAACGAUAAAUUUUUUCAAGAUCCAAAUCCAGUGGUUAUUCGCCAAAAAACAAAACCCGUUACAUAUGUGCAAAAAGUUUCGUUGGCUUAUUAUAAACCACCCCCACCACCUGCACCAGGUCCAGUCAUAAUUAAAGAAGUGCGUCCACCACAACAACCAGCUCCACCACCGCUCUUCGUGCGAAUUCAACCGCCACCACCACCACAACAACCACCACUUGUCAUCAGAGAAAAUCCACCUCCUCGUCCAAAACAUGUUCCAACCACUGUUGUGACGAAAAUGUUACCAAAUAUGCCUGCACCACCACCACGAGUCAUUGUUCGUAAUGCACCCAACAGAGAAACGGCUGCAAAAAUCGCGUCCGCUUAUACUAAUGGUUUAAGCUCAAAUUAA